AUGGCGGACGCAGACGACUAUCUCCAAGACGGCUUCGACCCGCGCAGCGUCACCGUGCCGCGACUGCGCUCGAUUCUUGUUACGCACAACGUCGAGUAUCCUGCCACUGCCAAAAAGCCUCAGCUGAUCGAGCUCGUCGAGCAAUAUAUCCUGCCGCAAGUCCCGAAGCUGCGCGCUCAACGCGCUCGCGCGAAGCGGUCAAGCAUGGGCAUCGUCAAUGCUGGCAGCCCCGAGGACAACGGCAAAUGGGACGACUAUGAGUUGGAACAGCCAACGCCAGUGGCUAAGCCGCGUCGAUCGGCGUCGCCUCGAAAGGCUUCGAGCAGGAUCAAGAGGGAGGAGAACGAGGCAGCACCGACGCCGCUUAAGAGCCAGACGAAGCGAGCCUCGCGAUCCGCCAGCCGAUCCAUGAGUCGCCAGUCAUCAUCUCACUACGAUGAGGAUGAGGCAGAGGCGCCGCAGCACGAAGCGCCCAAAGCAACGCGCCGCUCUGGUUCCCGGAGAGCCGCAACGCCAAAAAUCAAGGACGAGCCCGAGGUGGAGGAAGAGACGCCCAUUGCUGCUGCACCUCGAUCUGCCGCUCCAUACGAGGAAGAAGAAAGCGUCUUUACCGACGAUAAUCCGUUCCAGAGGGGCUCUCCCGCAUUCAGGACGCCAAGCCGGAGACGACUGGGCGACGAAAUCGCUAGGAGCGAAAAGUUGAUCCGACGGCGCCCAGAAGAGUUCAUCGAGCCUCUGUCCAUUGAACGGCCGUCCGCUGCUGUGCGACCAUCUGAACUGUCUGCUCGUAAGGUGAGACAUCAGUCACCAGAUUUCUCAGUGGACGCCGGGGAAGAAUUCACUCCCGAUGCGCAGCUGGAGCUAGAGGAGGCAGCCAGGAGGGGAGAGGCCACAAUUGUUCCUAGGAGACAGUCAAAGCCUGCCCGCCGGACAAACCUCAGGACGCCAUUUUUUGUGCUGUUCAUCUCUCUGCUCGGCGUCUAUUUGGCCUGGUAUCGACAGGAAAAGAUUGCCGUUGGCUACUGCGGACUUGGCCGGCCUGCAACACAAAUCAUCCCCGAUGACAUUCCAGUGCCUGACGCCCUCAUCCCAUUCGUGGAGCCUCAGUGCGAGCCGUGCCCUUCACAUGCUUACUGCUACGAGGACUUUUCUGUUCGCUGCCACAGCGACUUUGUUCUCAAGCCUCACCCCCUGUCUUUUGGUGGCCUUGUCCCAUUUCCCCCGACCUGUGAGCCGGACGGAGAAAAGGCACGCCGAGUCCAAGCAGUUGCUGACAGGGCCAUUGAAGAAUUAAGGCAACGCCGCGCCAAGUACGAAUGCGGUGAAUUGGUUGAUGAGUCCGGCGCCAAGGUCGACUCCCCUGCCAUCGCCGAGGAGGAGCUCAAGUCAACCGUGAGCAGGAAACGCAACAAGAGGCUGAACAGCGAUGAGUUUGAAGAUCUCUGGGUUGCUGCCAUUGGUGAAAUUACCACUCGCGAAGAGGUGAUUGUGGAGAUUGCAACUACCACAUCGCCCGGUUCCCCCGAUGUUUCAAUCCGCAAGCUAUCGUCCAGCUCUCUCGCUCGCCUUCCGAUCACCUGUGCGCUCAAGCGCUCCGUCCGCCUCGGACUGGCAAGAUAUCGACUCCCAAUUGGAUUUUUAAUGUCCGUUGUGCUGGCCAUCUUCUACCUGCGAGCUCGAUACCGCCAACACUUGGUGGAUUCGGCGCAGGUCCCGGCUCUCGUUGACCUCGUCCUGGAAAGACUGGCCAACCAGAAGGAGCUGGGCGAGGAAGAUUUGGAUGAUUCCUGGUUGUUUUUGCCCAACUUGAGAGACGACGUGCUUCGCUCUGUCCAUAAAGUAGCCGAGCGCGAGAGGAUCUGGCAGAGGGUGAGGAAGGUCGUUGAGCAGAACAGCAACGUUCGCACAGGCCAAAGAGAGGGCCGAAGUGGCGAGGUUGGCCGAGCCUGGGAGUGGAUCGGUCCUAUUAGGGGCGAGGGAGCCCGGAGAAGGCGGAUGAGCGGCCGGUGGACGCGAGAUCUGGUUGCUGAUUCACCUGAAUCGAAGCCAGCUACAGCAGUAGAGGGCAAGAAGUGGACUGAGCCGAGGCCGAUUUACUAA